AUGGCAGACGACGUAAUAGACGACGCGGUCGCAGCAAUCUUUUUAAUUUUUGCGCUAGAAGACGAAGUGAGCGCACCACAACGGAGAAGGGAGUGGAGUAGACAGUGGCUUCUCCGCAGGAAGCGCCUAGGGUGCUACGAAAACCUUCUGCGCGAGCUGUCAUUAGAAGACACAGCAACCUAUCGCCGGUGGCUGCGAAUGGAUAUCAACACAUUUGAGCUCCUUCUUGCCAAGGUUGGACCUCUAAUACGGCGUCUCGACACGCCGUUUCGCGAGGCUAUUCACCCAGGGGAGCGCCUGGCCAUAACGCUCCGGUACCUAGCUACAGGCGAAACACAGUCCUCCCUUGAAGGUAAUUUUCGUGUGGCAAGGAACACAAUCUCAAUGAUCAUUGCCGACGUGUGCAAGGCCAUAUACAAGGCACUGAGGGAGGACUAUGUAAUGGUCCCCAAAACGCAGGAGGAGUGGUGUGGUGUCGCCAACAGGUUCCAGGAACUCUGGCAAUUUCCCAAUUGCUGCGGUGCCCUAGACGGCAAGCAUGUCGUCAUCCGACCGCCUCCAAACAGUGGAGCCUUGUAUCACAACUACAAGGGAUCAUUCAGUAUCAUUCUGAUGGCCCUUGUAGAUGCUGAUAUGAGGUUCAUCUAUGUUGACGUUGGGAGGAACGGGAGGAUGAACGACAGUGGCGUCUGGGGCUCCUGUGACCUGAGGCUGUCUCGAGCUCGACGCAUCGUCGAGAACGCAUUUGGUGUCCUGAGCAACAGGUGGCGUGUCUGCCAGUCACCUCUUCGGCACAGUCCAGACAGGGCUGGCAACAUAGUGCUCGCCACCGUAGCUCUGCACAAUUUCCUGCGCACAGUACAGGCAACCCUGCCUCUGUACACACCAGCGGAGAUGGUUGACGUGGAAGACGUAGCUACUGGCACUAUCCGUGAAGCAGCAUGGCGGCAAGACCACCAACCAAGGGGUGUGGUUCGAAUAAGGCAGCGUGGCUUCAGCAAUUCGAGACAAGCUAAAGAAAUAAGGGAGCUAUACACAAAUUACUUCAUCAACGAGGGUGCUGUCUCGUGGCAGUGGCAGCAUUCCUGA